AUGAUUGAGGAAACAUUCGCAAAUCUCUCGCUGGAGAAGGCUGCCUUCGGGCUAGGCUUUCUCCUCGUUGCCCUCUUCUACAUCAAAAAAUUCCUGGUCGCCAGGGAAAUCCACAAUUUAGGGGGCAAGUCACCGCAGAUGCCUACAUACCUGCCUGUAGCUGAUCAGUCAGCGGCCGAUUUCAUCUUUCGGUCGAUGGAGGCACGGAAACAAUUCAAGGAUCUUCAGUUCUGGGAGAACAGUAUGGCUCUGGCACAGACAAAAAAUAAACUACCUUUUCUCCCUCUCACGGCAGAGAUUAACUCCAUGGCGUCGAACCGUAUUAUUUUCACCGUUGACCCGGAGAAUAUCAAAGCCUUGUUGACGGGUCAGUUUAAUGACUUUGGUAAAGGCGAAACAUUCCAUCGGGAGUGGCGGGAGUUUCUCGGUGAUAGUAUCUUCGCCACUGAUGGCGAGCUGUGGUCUGCAUCUCGUCACCUGAUCAGGCCUAUGUUUGUUCGUGAUCGGAUUGUUGACACGGAAAUUUUUGAGACCAAUGUCCAGAAACUCAUCAAAUUGUUCGGCGGCAGCUCAUCUCCGAAUGGAAGCAAGAUUGUCGAUAUUGGUGGGCUAUAUUUCCGCUAUACUCUCGAUGCGGCCACAGAUUACCUUUUGGGCCAGGGAACAGAUAGCUUGGAGAACCCUACAACACGGUUCGCCGAAGCUUUCCGCUAUGUGCAAGCUAGGCAAGCGGAUUACUUUAGAAUGGGCCCACUGAAUGUAUUUAUGUCACGGAAGAAAUUUCGCAAAGAGCUCAAGAUUAUGGACGAUUUCAUUCGACCUUAUAUUGAAACCGUUUUGUCCCUCAGCCCUGACGAGUUAGACAAGAAACUAUCCAAGCGUGAUACAUUCCUCGAUGCUUUGGCACGAUUCACGCGUGACCCACGUGUCUUACGCGAUCAACUCGUUGCUGUGCUUCUUGCCGGUCGUGACACUACUGCCGGAACACUCUCUUUCUGUACAUAUGAACUAUCUCGGAAUCCCGACGCUGUUGCCAAACUGAGAGCAGAGAUUCAAGAACGUCUCGGUCUUGGCGCCGAUGCUCAGAAACCGACAUACAAUGACUUGAAAGACAUGAAAUAUCUCACAGCAGUCAUCAACGAAACACUACGGUUCUAUCCCGUGGUUCCGUUCAAUGUUCGUUACAGUUUACACAACACAACACUGCCUCGUGGCGGCGGCCCUGAUGGCAGGUCACCGAUAGGUGUUCGCGGCGACACUCGAGUCGUCUACUCCACAAUUAUCAUGCAACGCCUAGCCUCUCUCUACGAUGACGUCGAUUCUGAAAAGUACUACGACCCCAGCAAAUGGAUUCCAGAGCGUUGGACAUCAGGCUGGCAGCCGAAGCCAUGGCAGUUUAUCCCGUUUAACGGCGGACCCCGUAUCUGUAUUGGACAGCAAUUCGCGAUGCUGGAGAUGGGCUACACGCUUGUGCGCAUUUUCCAAGCAUUCGAACGGAUUAUUGCCGUGCCAGUCACGGGCCGUGACUCCGUUGAAGACCCUCGUCUUCGCUUCGAAGUCACCCUUAGUCCAGGUGAAGAAAUGAACUGCGUGUUUUUGAGAGAGGGCGAAAAACAAUUUUGA